AUGGAGCUCAGUGAACACGAUCGCCUCGAGCUGGGUGGCGUCGAAUAUCGCGCUCUCCAGGCCCUACUCUUCAUCCUCGUCGGCUACCAGAUAUUCUGGUACACAAUGGGCACCAUCUUCCUCGUCCCAUAUGCAUACCGCAGCUCAACCAAAGCCAUACUCCGAGACGCGCAGCCAGGCGGCGUGAACCCAGGAUGGUGGGCAUUCUUUGCCACCGUUACAGAAUUCGCAAACGGCGGGCUCAACAUCCUCAACGCGAACUUCAUUCCCUUCAGCGGCAAGCCCUUCAUCCUGCUCGUCGCCGGCUCGCUGGCGUUUCUGGGCCAGACGCAAUUCCCCAUCUUCCUGCGGCUGACAAUCUGGCUCAUGAAGAAAAUGAGUCCGAAGGGGUCGCGCUUCCAGAAUACCCUGGAUUUCUUGUUGCAGCAUCCACGGAGAGAGACGUGGUAUCUGCUCUUCAUCCAAAUCAGCAUCGACAUCACAGCCUGGCUGUGCUUCGAGAUCUUGAACAUCGGCAUACCAGACGUCGAAUCCAUUCCUACCGGCACACGCAUCCUCGACGGCUUAUUCCAGGCCACUGGUCUGCGAACCUCGGGCGCUUACAUCAUCUCCUUCUCGUCGCUUGCGCCAGCCUGCCUCGUCGCGUAUCUCAUCAUCAUGUACAUCUCCAGCUAUCCGCUCGUGCUUACGCUGCGCAAGACGAACACGUACGAAGAGCGGUCGAUUGGGCUACAAGAGCACGACAGCAGCGCGGCGGGGAUUGCAUCACAUUUACAGAAGCAACUCGCGUACGAUAUCUGGUUCCAGUUCUUCGCUUUCUUCUUGAUAUGCAUCAUCGAGCGGGGGCAUAUCGUCCGCGGCGAUCCUGGCUUUAGUGAAUUCUCUGUCCUUUUCGAAGUCACGUCUGCAUACGGCACUGUGGGUCUCAGUACUGGCGUGCCUGGCAAAGACUACAGUCUGUGUGGAGAUUUUGCGAGUUUGAGUAAAGUUGUGUUGUUGUUUGUCAUGGUGAGAGGUCGACAUCGUGGGCUGCCGCUGGCCAUUGAUAGGAGUAUUUUGCUGCCUGGGGAAGAGUUGAUGCAGAGGAUGGACGCAGAGUAUAGUGAACGAGGCGUGUAUUCUUCGGGGGAGAUUGAGGAGUUGAGGGAUGAUAUUGAACAGAGUGGGAGACGAGUGCCCGGAACGAAGGGCAAACAGGAUCCUGAAAGGACGCGGUCUGAUCGUGAGCAUUCAAGAUAG